CUCGCGCGCGAGCGCAGCGCGGUCACGUGGCGCUGAAGGGGGACGGGAGGAGCAAGCGCGAGGGGGUGGUCACGUGACCGCCUGGAGAGCGCGCGCGCAGCCGCUCGGGCUUCCGGGAUGGCGCCGGAACUUCCGGCGGAAGCGUGUGGGAAAGCGAAGACGCGACCGGAAGCGGAGCCUCGAGGCACCGGAUUGCCCCCCCCCCUGCCCCCCCAACCCGAGCUUCCGAUCCCGUUCCCGGGGGGCCAUGGCGGGGCGGGCGCAGGAACCGGUGACCUUCGAGGACGUUGCCGUCUACCUGAGCCGCUCCGAGUGGGAGACCGUGGCCGAGGAGCAGCGGCAGCUCUACUGCAGCGUCAUGUUGGACAACUACGAGCUCUUGACGUCCCUGGGUUACCCAGGUCCCAAACCGGAUAUUUUAUACCGGAUCGAGCGCGGAGAAGAGCCGUGGGUCUGCGCUCCCCAAAGCCCGGUGAGGUGGGAUGGACCCAACAGCCCCUCUCCAGGACACAACGAGGACCUGAGCUCCUCAGGGUGGUGGCCUGAAGCUGUUGGGCACCGCGUACCGGAGGAGAGGACGGAGACGACCCACCACGGUGAGUCCUGGUCCUCCUGCCUUCCCCACCACCAAACUCUGGAGCAAAGAGCUCCGGGUGGGCUCCAACCCCAUCCGGAGAAGGUUCUCUCUCACCAAAGAGAGGUCCCACUGCCAGGAUCUCCCCAGUUCCUCCAGCCCCAUCCCUCUCUCGUGUCCCACCACCGUGUCCCACCGGGGAUGGGGGUGAACUCUUCCAACCCUCUCUCGGCAGGAGGACGAUGCCGACAGUGGCGACUCCGCUCUAGAAGACUCCUCAACAAGUUCAGGUGUCUCAAGGAUGGGACGGAGCCACCGUCGCGGGCGGUUGGCCGGGAAACGAGCCCGGUGGAAAGCCAAGACCGGACACCGGAGAUCUUCCAGCCUGGGAAGGAAGGAGGAACGGAGAAUAAACGCGAGGUCAAGGCAGAUGUGACCCAACCGGAAGGAUUCCUGCUUCCUCCCGUGGUGGAACAGCAGAACAAACCAUCAGAUCUUCAGGAACGUCUGCGUGGUGGCCCUCAUCGGGUGGUGUUUCAAAGGAGCCAUUCGAGAACUCAACGCACGUCAGAAGGGAUGACCUUCCUCCAGGGGAACGUGGAGCCACCUACCCACGAGCUCCUGGAGGCUGUGUUGAAGGACCACUGCUACUGCACCGUGAGAGAGAGAUGGUUCCUACGCUUCGCCCCGUGUCCUCUCCAAGAACACGAUUACUGCCGCAACAACGAGGCCGGAGACCUGGCGCUGCAGGACCACGAGUAUUGUCACGCCUGGAGGUUCCCUGACUUGGGUGGAGUCCAUCGGGUGGUUCCUCUCCCCGGCAAAGCUCGGGUCGCUCUUCACCGGCUCAACGAGCAGAACUCCCCCAUCGAGAGAAUCCUCAGGACGGCCAAGAGAAUAAUGUGGAGUCACAAGAGGUUCUCCUUCCCUCAACGUUCCUCUCGUCCAGAACCUUCUGCUAAGGCAGAAGAUGACUCCAUGAAGGGACCGCGUGAGGUGUUUUGUCCUCCGGCCAAGCAGCCUCGAAGCGAAGGUGCACCCCGAGAUGGGCCAUCAGGAGCUCUUCUUUGUGCUCCUGUGGCGCCUUUUGAACCGACGGCUUCACCUCCACCUUCCGAUCCAGCUCUGGAGGUGAAGAAAGAAGAACCCCAUCUCGAGGUGUCCGCGCGCCGUCAGGGGCAGAAGGUGGAGCCGCCGCGGAGCUGUGACCUGAAGGAGAACGUCAAAGGCCACAAACGCCUCAAUCCCAACCACGUUUCGCUUCACGACGCCUAUGAGAUGGUGAUGCGGACGGUGGACUACAUGCUGGACUCCGUCUGCCACAACUUGGAGCUCGGUGCUUACCCACCGUGCGAGGAGAUCUGGCCCACCGCCAUUCAGAUAGACAGGUGACCUCUUGGGUCCAUCAAAGGUGACAAUGGAGACCUUCUUCCCUGCUGGAAACCUCAUGGAAAGCGUUCUGGGAGAAGAAACGCUGCCUUGGGGACAGUUGGAGUGGAUUGGUGGGUGUGAAAGCCCAGUCCGUAGCGUCUACUGGGCAAACUGGGAUGGUCUGGGAGCUUGGGAGAAGAGGUCAGGAGCUUGGGAGAAGAGGUCAGGAGCUUGGGAGAAGCUUGGGAGAAGAGGUCAGGAGCUUGGGAGAAGAGGUCAGGAGCUUGGGAGAAGCUUGGGAGAAGAGGUCAGGAGCUUGGGAGAAGAGGUCAGGAGCUUGGGAGAAGAGGUCAGGAGCUUGGGAGAAGCUUGGGAGAAGAGGUCAGGAGCUUGGGAGAAGCUUGGGAGAAGAGGUCAGGAGCUUGGGAGAAGCUUGGGAGAAGAGGUCAGGAGCUUGGGAGAAGAG